UCAGUGCUCUCUUCCCUGAUGUGGUGAACUGUAUGCAGACAGACAACCUGGAGCUAAAGAAGCUGGUAUAUCUGUACUUGAUGAACUAUGCCAAGAGCCAGCCUGACAUGGCCAUUAUGGCUGUCAACACCUUUGUGAAGAUAUGGGAAACUGAGAGUUUCUGUGGUUCACUUGGAAGAUUGAGGCUGUGGUGCUGGAUAUAUGUGUUUCAGUCACAGCUCUGUGACCUUGGACGAGCUCCUGGCCUUCCUGACAGCCUCAGCUUCCUCAUCUGUAAAAAGAGGCCAGUAUUGUAUGUCUCCUGUGAAAGGAGAGAAUGCACAAAGCCCUGGGCACAGUGUCUGCCAAAUUCUGGGUGCUCGCUAUGUGGCAUUUACUUUGCAUACUGGUGCAGCAGUCGGUGGGAGAUUCCACAGCAGCCGUCUGAUAGCAGUCCAGCUGAGACUGGAGCUGUUGACGUGAGCAGGCCCAGGAGAAUCGGAAGCCACAAAUGGCUCAUCCCUCCCCUGCCCCUGGCCAAUGGCUGGUUCCCCUCAGGACUGUGAGGACCCCAACCCCCUGAUCCGGGCCCUGGCCGUGCGGACCAUGGGCUGCAUCCGCGUCGACAAGAUCACAGAGUACCUGUGUGAGCCCCUCCGGAAGUGCCUGAAGGACGAGGAUCCAUAUGUGCGCAAGACAGCAGCUGUGUGCGUGGCCAAGCUUCACGACAUCAACGCCCAGCUGGUGGAGGACCAGGGCUUCUUGGACACCCUGAAAGAUCUCAUCUCUGACUCCAACCCCAUGGUCGUGGCAAAUGCAGUGGCCGCCCUCUCAGAGAUCGCCGAGUCUCACCCCAGCAGCAACCUGCUCGACCUGAACCCACAGUCCAUUAACAAGCUGCUGACGGCCCUGAACGAGUGCACUGAGUGGGGCCAGAUCUUCAUCCUGGACUGCCUGGCCAACUAUACACCCAAGGACGACCGGGAAGCCCAGAGCAUCUGUGAGCGGGUCACCCCGAGGCUGUCCCAUGCCAACUCCGCCGUGGUACUGUCUGCUGUGAAGGUGCUGAUGAAGUUCAUGGAGAUGUUGUCCAAGGACCUGGACUACUAUGGCACGCUGCUCAAGAAGCUGGCCCCGCCCCUGGUCACGCUGCUGUCUGCGGAGCCCGAGCUGCAGUACGUGGCCCUGCGCAACAUCAACCUCAUCGUGCAGAAAAGGCCCGAGAUCCUGAAACACGAAAUGAAGGUCUUCUUUGUGAAGUACAAUGACCCCAUCUAUGUGAAGCUGGAGAAGCUGGACAUCAUGAUUCGCCUGGCCUCCCAGGCCAACAUCGCUCAGGUGUUGGCAGAGCUGAAAGAGUACGCGACAGAGGUGGAUGUGGACUUUGUUCGGAAAGCUGUGCGGGCCAUUGGCCGCUGUGCCAUCAAAGUGGAGCAAUCUGCGGAGCGCUGUGUGAGCACGCUGCUUGAUCUCAUCCAGACCAAGGUCAACUAUGUGGUCCAGGAAGCCAUCGUGGUCAUCAAGGACAUCUUCCGCAAGUACCCCAACAAGUACGAGAGUGUGAUCGCCACCCUAUGUGAGAACCUGGACUCUCUGGAUGAGCCCGAGGCCCGGGCUGCCAUGAUCUGGAUCGUGGGCGAGUAUGCCGAGCGGAUUGACAAUGCCGACGAGCUGCUGGAGAGCUUCCUCGAGGGCUUCCACGAUGAGAGCACCCAGGUCCAGCUCCAGCUGCUGACAGCCAUCGUGAAGCUCUUCCUGAAGAAGCCCACAGAGACCCAGGAGCUGGUGCAGCAAGUCCUCAGCUUGGCCACGCAGGACUCAGACAACCCGGACCUGCGGGAUCGCGGCUACAUUUAUUGGCGCCUUCUCUCCACGGACCCGGUGGCUGCCAAGGAAGUGGUGCUGGCUGAGAAGCCGCUCAUCUCUGAAGAGACGGACCUCAUCGAGCCCACACUCCUGGACGAGCUCAUCUGCUAUAUUGGCACGCUGGCCUCUGUCUACCACAAGCCACCCAGCACCUUUGUGGAGGGUGGCCGGGGCGUGGUCCACAAGAGCCUGCCGCCCCGCACUGCCUCGAGCGAGAGCACAGAGAGCCCCGAGGCGGCCCCUACUGGAGCCCCCUCUGGUGAGCAGCCAGAUGUCAUCCCCACCCAGGGCGACCUGCUAGGCGACCUCCUCAACCUGGACCUCGGCCCCCCGGUCAGCGGCCCGCCCCCAGCCUCCACGGUGCAGGUGGGAGCAGUGGACCUUCUUGGCGGUGGCCUUGACAGCCUGAUGGGGGAUGAGUCUGAAGGGAUUGGAGGCACUAAUUUCACAGCACCCCCAGCAGCAGCUGUACCAGCCAACCUUGGAGCACCCAUUGGUGGUGGCCUGAGUGACCUCUUUGACCUGACCAGUGGUGUGGGCACACUGUCCGGAUCAUAUGUGGCCCCCAAAGCAGUUUGGCUCCCAGCCAUGAAGGCCAAGGGGUUGGAGAUCUCAGGCACCUUCACCCGCCAGGCGGGCGCCAUCUCCAUGGACCUCCAGCUGACCAACAAGGCCCUGCAGGUCAUGACCGACUUUGCCAUCCAGUUCAACCGCAACAGCUUCGGCCUGGCCCCCGCCGCCCCCCUCCAGGUCCACACGCCACUCAGCCCCAACCAGACUGUGGAGCUCUCCCUGCCUCUCAACACGGUGGGCUCAGUCAUGAAGAUGGACCCUCUGAACAACCUCCAGGUGGCUGUGAAGAACAACAUUGACGUCUUCUACUUCAGCACCCUGUACCCACUGCACAUCCUCUUUGUUGAGGAUGGGAAGAUGGACCGGCAGAUGUUCCUGGCCACGUGGAAGGACAUUCCUAAUGAGAAUGAAGCCCAGUUCCAGAUCAGAGACUGCCCCCUCAAUGCAGAGGCCGUGAGCAGCAAGCUGCAGGGCAGCAACAUCUUUACCAUCGCCAAGAGGAACGUGGAGGGCCAGGACAUGCUCUACCAGUCCCUGAAACUGACCAACGGCAUCUGGGUGCUGGCAGAGCUGCGGAUCCAGCCAGGCAACCCCACCUUCAUGGACUCGGAGCUGUCCCUGAAGUGUCGAGCACCAGAGGUGUCUCAGCACGUGUUCCAGGCCUACGAGACCAUCCUCAAGAACUGAGGCCCUGUCCAGUGCCGGCCCCGGCCCUCUGCAGUCCUGUCAAGGAGCCCCUGGGGGGGCGGCAGAAUCUUCUCCACCAGGAGGGGCUCCUGGCCACCAUGGAUUCUCUGGUCCUGGCUGUGGUGCCACCUGCUGUCCCUGGGGACCAAGCGGCACCCCCCCCUUCCUGCUGGAGUGAAACCUCACAGUGCAUUUCUGCUCCAGGACUCCCCUCUUACGUUGCUGUGACAUUCAGGGUCAGGUGAGGAAGGGCCUCCCGGGGACAUCCCAGGAUACUUGUGUUCCCCUUCCCGGUGCCUGGAUGGGAGCACAGGAUCCUCCCCUCAGGUUCCCAACCCUGGAGCCCCUCUGCCUCUCAGGCCCUCGUCGAUUGGUGCGGACAGGCCCCCCAGCCUGUCCUGAGUGUCAUGGAGGGUCCUCGUGGUACCAGGAGGGCUGCACUGUCAGGGGUGGGGCUCCAGGAGCUCUGGGUGCCGACAGGGGCACAGCUGCAUCCCACUGCCCCUCACGGCAUCCGCCUAAUCCGUUCCCAGCCCCUCAUGUCAUGUGGGCCCCCAGGCUGGUGCCCUGUGGUCAGGUCAGUCUGGCCACAGCCUCCUGCACCCAACCCAGUCAGCACUAGGCAGAAGCCCCUGGAGCCCCCAGCCCGGAUCCUGCUCCUGCUCCUGCUCCCCUGGCAGCUGCACCAUCCUGUCCCCAUCCUCCUGCCCCUGAGGACUGUCACUGCCUGUGUGUUCCUUGGCUGCCCCCCCCACCAAGUCCAGGGUCCCUGGAGCAGAGACGGGGCCAGAGGGCCUGGGGUGUGUGGGCAAGAGGGUGUGCCUCCUGUUUGGGCUUUGGGCUUCGUCUCCAGUCUCUGCUGCCCUCUUCCUGGUCUCCCAGGUUUCAGUUGUGUCUGACAGAACUUUAGGUUUUCCUGUUACUCCUGUUUAAUAAUAAAGAGAGAUUCUGCUUUUGGCAAUCA